CUUUCUUAUCGUUCAGAAUGUUAUCAUUAACAGUUCGGAAGUACACACAUUAAUGCCAUCGUUAAUAGUAAAACAAACAUAAACAUGUCGGCGCAUAUUUUGCAAUGUACGUUUGGCAUAAGUUUUGCAUUUUGCUUCUUUCUGGGAGGAGGCGAGGCUUUUGACAAUGGACCACGUAUAACUGGUGUCAGAUUCUUGAUUACUGUUAAUGACACAUGGGCGGAGCCUCCUGGAUGUAUAACAACAGUGGCGACACCUAUGAUAGCGCCCAAUCUACCUUACAACAAGUCCCAAAGUAUUCUUGUCGGAGACUGUGACCGCGGACCUAUUCAAUACACGUACACAACACCUGGUAAAGAUGGUAACAAGUUUACCGUCGAUCUGACCUUCUACUCGUCGGUUAUCGAAGACGCCAGUCCGCCCACUUGUUCAUUGUCGUGGAACGGAACUUACCUGGUGCCGAAACCAUCCGACAAUUCGCUCCCGGACCUUCUUCCGGCCUGCUUCACUAUGGACUCUAGGGAAGGUUACCACAUGACGUACUACUGGUUUCAUAUCCUCGACUGGCGCAUUGAAUAAUUACUGAGUUAUUAAAGUACACCAACUAUAAUGAAA